AUGGAAUUUCUCCAGCUGUUUUUUUCACAACUUUCUUCUACUUGUGAAUUUAGUCCCCAUAUCUUUACUUCAUUUGAAGAUAUAUUGGAAAUUUUAAAUAGUAUUGCUGAUACAGGAAUUCAAACAAAAUGUACAGUUGUUCUCCAAUUUGGUGAAGAUCUGAUUUGUUAUAUUAAUAACCAUUUGCUACCAUUUCACUUUCGUUUAAAGAUUGUCAAGUACACUAACUUAUUGUUUGAAAGAUGUCCUACAUAUGUGAAAGAUUGUUUAUAUGCAAAGACAUCAUAUAAAAAAAACUUAAAAAAUGCUCUGAAAUUAAUUUCUUCAAUUGGAGAUUAUGAAUUUCAAGUGGGCAUCAUUGAGUGUGUGUUUCGUGCUAUAUCAAAGCAGAAAAGAGUUGAAGCCUUAAAUGCCUUGUGUCCACCAGCAAUACUCUCUUCUAUUCUGGCCAUUAAAGAUGAACAUUUUGAAGCUGAUUGUCGAAGAGUUUUGAAUACUUUCAAUAGUCGACAAGGUGCCCACCAGAGAGUAUUUUCAAUUCCUUGCCUUGGUAUUACACUUGGAAACUUACAGCUUCACAAACCCAAAGAUGACAACUACAAAGAAUUCUGGAUUGACUUCAAUACAACUAGCAAGCGUAUUUCAUUCUACUGCAGUCAAAUUGUUGAUAAUGAAGAUCCUCAGGAGACAGAUGAAGACAUAUGGGAAACUGUUUGCAUUUUAAAAGAUUAUGUUCAAGAGAUUUUCUCAAAUGAUGAUGAUGACAUUUUAACUGUCCAGUUCACAUUUUUGCCAUUGUCACUAGAACUGAUUCCUGGUUUGACUCUUGAGAAGUCUUCUUUCAUCAAGAUCUCGUUUAAAGAUAAGGAUGCAGUUAUGAAAGCUAUUCAAGAAAUAUUUUGUAAUCAAAAGUGCUCAAUUGCAAAGAACCAAAUAUGCAUAAAGGAAAACAAAAAAACAUUUCCAUCAAAAGCAUUCAUUCCUUCUGCAGAUGUUGAACAAGAUGAUUUCGACAAAGAUACAGCUCAAUCUACGGUGUCCAGCCAUCAAAGUGCAUCAAGAAGUGUGAGAAAAAGUUCUGUUCCUUCAGAAAUUAUGUCCAGCCAGCACUCAACUGAUGGCAGAUAUUGUGAAGUUAGCGCUAUUAGGAUCUGUCAGCAGUUUCCAAGCCCAGAGACUUUAAAUCAUGCCCAAAUUCUUAAAAAAACUGCUUCUACCCAGAUACCCGGAGCGAAAGUUAACAAUGAAGCAGUGAAACAAAAGCAAAAAAAAAUAUACAAAAAUAUUUCACAGAAACAUGAUAAAAAAGAACAAAAGCAAGAACCUGUAUCUUCACCUUUUAUGAUAACUGCAGAGAUGAGCUUUGUAUCUCAUUCUCUAUCCACUAAAAAGACCAAUUCAGAUAAAAAUAUCUCAUCAAAAAUAAACAACUAUGAGACAAAAACUACAACAUCUCGAAAAGGCAGAAGACUCGGAUCAUUUGAGGCACUUGAUCUACUACCUCAGAAUUAUCCACUUCCAAAAGAAUCAACAAAAGCUGAUGAGGUUACACUCAUUCCAGACUCACUUCCCAUACAAAACAACAGAAACAAACCAGAAGACCAACCUAAACUAACUGGUCCAACAAAAUCUUUAUCCAAGAAGACACUGGCUGUUGACAGUGGCAUAUCAUCCAGCAAUAAUUCACCUGCCUGUAUGAAUGAAUUGCCUUCUACUACACUGAAAAAAAGAUGUUCUCAACCUCAAAGAAAUUUCUAUUCUACCAAACAAGCAAUAUGUCACCUAAAAAGAGAUCCAAAGCAAAAAUGGAAAAAUCUAAAUUUACUGGAAAUAUCUCUUUGCUCAUCCUUCUCUGAAUCAGGAUAUGAAAAUAAGCCAAAGAAAAAGAAGAACCCUGCAGUUAAUCAAACUACAAAUAUUCUGCACAAUAAUUCUGUUAACAAUUUGUUUGACCAAGAAGAUCAAAUGAAGGAAACUGCAGAAUCCACAUGUAAUACCAGCCACACACAGCAAAGUGAAAUCAGCUGGAUUAAUCCUAAAAAGUCUAAAUCUCCAAAGAUUCAUGUUGAAAAAACUUAUGCCAUCAAGAAACAGACUUCUUAUUAUGGAUCAUAUGCUUGCAUACCAAAGCGUAAACGCAAUGACAGCACUAAAGACAAAACAAGAAAUGACACAAAACAAACAAAGGACCCAUUUACCAAAGAACUAUGCCCCAAAGAAAUCAGCUGCAAUGCUUCUCCUGAACUAAAUGGCAAAACCGAUCAUGAUUUUUCUAAGUCAUUUGGUACUUACAGCCCACAACAUCCUAAAAAUAGCCAUGACAAAGCAAAAUUUUCUCUUAGUUCAGAUUGGCAAAUGAACAAAAAAACUAAAAAGAAAAAAACAUGCAUGAAGGAACCCAUUUUCUCUGAUAGUAUUGAAAUACAAAGAGCAGACUCCUUUGUUAUGUUUCCAGAAGAUUCAAAACUCAACAUCAACAUUUCAAAGGCAGAAUUCACACUCCAGGGAAGCAGCAGCCAUCCAACAUACAGCUUUAGUAACAAAUCAAAUUUUUCAGAUUUUGAAAUGACUUUCUCUAGUGCAGAAGAUCCAAAGCUUCUUCUACCUACUCCUGGUACUGACAGUUCAUUUCAGUCUCUAAAGAAUGACCCCAUCAUUAAUGAUGGCUCCAAAUUGAUGCUCUCUCCUUCACCUUAUUUGACCAUUGAUGACCUAAAGAGUAACAGACCAGACCAAGACAUAAAUGAGUCAAAUAAAAAUCAAUUUGGACUAACACACACUGACACAUCAUUUAAGGAUACCAAACUUGAAGAUAUAAGCCACAGUACUCCUGUGAAGGAGCUCUCACCUUUGUUCUAUACAGAAGGUGAUUACAAAUCAAAAGCAGGUUUCAGGAAAAGUCUUUUCUCAGAUCCCAAGUCAGACAGUAGUAAUGAAUCCCAAAAGUCUUCUCUUCCUUCCCCAAUUGCUACAAAUAGAUUCCUCAUUCAUGGAAGAUCUUUGAAAAAGGUUGAAUACAAUGCAAAACCUAACCUCUGUUCAUCUUUGUCUAUCUCAGACAAAUCUGUCAAUAUGGCUUCAAGUGAUGACAACUCCCAUGAUAGCAGCCAUGAAGAAAGUUCAAGAAAUGAUAUUAGAUCCUAUGAUUUCUCUGUGCAGUCUGACAAAUCAUUUCACUAUCAGAAAGCACCCUCUAUGACUUAUAAUGAUGAUAAUAUUAAAAAUAUUGUUCAAUCUUUUUCUGAAGAUAUGAAAAAGUCUAUUCAGACAAAACAGUCUAAGAUGUCAGCUGCUGUUGAGGAUGUUUUAAAAAGUACCCAAAAAUCUCUCAGCAAAAUAUGUGAAAAGGAUGUACUCAAAAGGUCUGAUGUUCAUAAUGAGUUUGAUCAAAAAAUUCAGCAGGUGAUGGAUGAACUUGAAGCUAGUACAACAGCUUAUGAAAAACAAAAAAAGAAAGUUUUGGAUUAUUUCCAAGAGCAGCUCAAGGACAUGCAAAAGUUGAAGGAUAUACAGCAAAAGAGUUUAAAGAAAUUGAAGAUGAUAAAUUCUCUCCAUCAUCAAGCAAUCAGUUUUCAUGGGAAUUCCAACAAUGCACAACAUCAGGUUCAAACCGUUAUGAAAAACCAAAUGCAAAGGCUCCAGAACAAGCUUCUUGAUCAAGCUAGGCAGCAGGAGAUGCAACAAGUGAAAAGUCAGCUACAUAAAAUGUUACUUUAA